AUGGCUUUCACGGUCUUGUCGGACGGGAACGUGAAGCAGCUCUUCCAGGGUUUCGGCCCCGAAGACGUCGCCCUCAUGUCCGACGUCCUCACCGACGCGUUCCUGUCGUACUCGGUCGGGCAGGAGGCACAGUACCAGCCUCACCGCGCCGCCGUGGUCCGGCCCAACGGCCAGACCGGCCUCUUCAUGCCGGCGACGAUGGAGGGCGGCAUGUCCGUCAAGAUCGUCGGCCUCCCGCCCCCGUCUUCCGGAUCUACCGAUCUCCGCUGCGUCCUCACCGUCUGCGACGGCACCGGUAAGGCGGUCGGCGUCAUCAAUGCGGAGGAGCUCACGGCCUUCCGGACCUCUCUCGGCUCCAUCCUGCUGUACCGGUACCGGAAGCGGACCGGGAACAUCGUCGUCUUCGGCGCGGGGAAGCAGGCCCUGUGGCAUCUCCGGCUCGCCCUCGUUCUGCGGGGCGGCGACGUCGCACGCAUCACCAUUGUCAAUCGCUCGGAACAGCGCGCUUCCAAGCUCGUGGAGCGGCUCAGGGCCAUGGGAGAGGCCAGCGGCGUGGGAGGCACCGAUAAGGUCGCGUUCACCGUCAUCGAGGCGACCCCUGACAGCGCUCCGGGCAACGCCCCCCUCCGCUCCGCUGUCGAGGAGAGCGACGUCAUCUUCUGCACGACGCCGUCGACACAAAGCCUGUUCCCCGCCGAGUGGCUGACUUCCGGGCACGCCUCGGCCAAGAGCCGGUACAUCGCCGCCAUCGGGUCUUACAAGCUCAACAUGAAGGAGAUCGACCCCGCCUUCCUCCGCGCUGUUAUAGACACCCCUCUGGGGGCUUUCAGUUCUGUCCACGGCGGCAGGGACGGCGUCAUCUUCGUGGACAGCCGCGAGGCGUGCUUUUUGGAAGCCGGAGAGCUGGUGGAGGCCGAGAUCCCCGCGGAGAAGAUCACCGAAGUCGGAGAGCUGGCUGAUAAGCUUCGUAAGGCGGACGAAGCCGAGGCGAAGCUCCUGCGGGACUGGCUUGAAAACGGGUUGAUCGUUUACAAGAGCGUCGGAAUCGGCAUCAUGGACCUUUCUUUGGGCAAGGCCAUUCUCGAGCUGGCGGGGAAGCAUAAGAUUGGCACGAUACUGCCUGACUUUUAA